AUGAAUAUCGUCUUUUUCAACAGUAUGGAUGAGUGGGAGUUUGCAGACGAAGUCGACAUUUUGGUGAAACUCCCUCCAAAUUUCGAUGAACUACGAGAGUCCAAAAAAUGGCAAGAAAGAAAGGAAGCUCUCGAUUCAUUGGUUGCUCUUCUCGAGGCUAACAUUCGUCUUUCGACAAAAGCGAGUUACGGGGAAAUCCUUGGCAAUUUGCAAACGAUGCUCGCAAAAGAUGCGAAUAUAAAUGUUUGUGCUCUAACUGCAAAGUGUAUCAAGUGUUUUGCUACUGGUCUGAGAUCGAAGUUUGCUCCAUACGCUCAGUCGAUUAUUCCUAUCGUUUUUGAAAAACUAAAGGAGAAGAAGCCAUUGCUUAAAGACCCUUUAGUAGAAUGCGCGGAUGCAAUCGCAGCAACGGUCACCUCCCUAGAAGUUAUCAUGGAAGAGAUCGUGACCAGCAUGGGGAAACAGAAUCCGCAGAUAAAACAACAAGUGGAUAACUUCCUAUUCAGACAACUUAACAUUGUAUCCUCAGACAAAGCUCCGAAAAAAUUAAUAAAAGCUGUCGUCCCGAUUUUGAUCAAGCAUUCCGGUGACGCUGAUCAUGAUGUACGCGAAGCUUCUCUAGGCGCUUUUGGCGCUAUUCAGCGGCUUCUGGGUGAGAGGAAUCUGCGUUCUAUGCUAGGAGAUCUCAGUAAUGAUGAGGCGAAAAUGAAAAGGAUCACUGAAUUCGCCGAGAAAUCUGCCCUAGCUUUUGCUGAAACGCAAAGAAAGCCAUCAACAGCUAAGAGUGGUGUUCAAGGUGCGCCAGACACCGCUCCUUUAAGCUCAGAAGCAGCGCCUUCAUCCAGCACUUCCGCUAAUGUCGUGGCAGCAGUCCAGGAAGCUGAUCCGUGGGAUUUCUUGGACCCCGUUGACGUCUUAGCAAAGCUGCCAGCUGAUUUUAGUACUAACAUUGAGAGUAAAAAAUGGACUGAAAGAAGGGACGCUCUCCAGGCAUUCCUCGACCUACUUUCCGCUAACCCUAAGCUUGAUCCGAAAGCAUCUUACGGAGAGCAUAUCGCACUUCUGAAAAGAAUUAUUGAGAAAGAUGCAAACAUCAACGUGGCGGCAUUAGCUGCGAAAUGUAUGAAAGGUAUAGCGGAAGGACUGCGUAAGAAGUUCGCUCCUCAUGCUCCUACAGUUGUUCCUGCAGUAUUUGACAAGUUCAAGGAAAAGAAGCCGCUGCUGCGUGAUCCCUUGGUUGAGUGUAUUGACGCGAUUGCAGCCACGACUACUUUGGAAGCUAUGGCUGAAGAUAUUAUUGCUGCUCUCGAGAAGCAGAAUCCUAACAUCAAAAUUCAAACUGACCUUUUUCUCUACAGGGUGUUCAAAUUGCUCAACAACCAAACAAUGCCGAAAAAAACCUUGAAAUCGAUUGCUCCAUUACUGAUCAAGCAUACCGGUGACUCUGACGCGGAGGUUCGUGAUGCAUCUUAUGCGGCCUUAGGUUCCGCAAUGCGUGCUGUCGGAGAAAAGGCCUCGUUACCGCUUUUGUCGGAGAUUCUUGAGGACAAGUUGAAAAUGGGAAAGAUAAGAGAGUUCUACCAAAAGGCAUGCGAAGAAGCAGGCCCAGAAGUGAUCACUCAGAUGGUCCAGUCAAUUCAUAAGGCCGACGCUCCUCCAUCGAGAAGGCCUGAAUCCACCGUUAAGAAGGCAACACCAACACGAGACUCGUCGGCCGAAUGUCGUCCAUCUUCUGCGCAGGAGGAAGAGCCAAAUGGAGAAGAUGAGUCGUUGAAACCACCAGCAGGUGCUCCACCUGUUAAGAAGGUACAGGAAAGGAAGAAAGAGGCACCUAAAAAGAUAGAGGAAGAAGAGGAGCAAGUGCGAAAACCACCAGAUGAGCUGCUCACGGCGGACGACGAAAAGCAGCAACGGCUUAAGGAUGAGCGUACUCUCAAGAUUUUGAAAUGGAAUUUCACGUUUCCAACCGAAGAACAUGUGUCACAACUCCAAGAACAACUUGCUCGUCACGCAAAGGCAUCCCUGAUGGGAAUGCUAUUUCACAAGGACUUCAAACAACAUUUAAAAGCAAUCGAAAUGCUCAAUACGACAGCUGAAAACAACCCUGAAGCUUUGGUUAAAAAUAGUGACCUGCUACUUAAGUGGUGUACCUUACGUUUCUACGAAACAAAUCCAGCUGUUUUGAUCAAGGUCCUCGAGUUCGCCAAACAAGUUCUCAUGCUUAUGCGAUCAUUUGAUGAACCAAUGUCGACAGAAGAGAUGUACGCUUUUGUACCUCAUCUUCUACUGAAAUCUGGUGAACAGAAAGAAAAUAUGCGUUGCGCAGUGCGUGAUAUUAUCGAAGAAGCUACUGAUAUUUGUGGACCCUUUAAAAUGUGCCCAACUCUGCUAGAAGCUCUCAAAACAAAAAACGCGCGCCAGCGAGCUGAGUGCCUGCAGGUCCUCGAGCUAUACAUCACACGCGCUGGACUAACUCAAUUGAAGUCAUUGGGGAUCCAUAAAGCAAUAGCUGCAUGUGUUAGUGACCGUGACAACAAUGUGCGGAGUGCAGCGAUAAACGGUCUUGUUGCGUGCUAUCGAGAAGAAGGAGAUCAGAUGUGGCGAGCAGUUGGGAAAAUGGGAGAUAAAGAACGUGCAAUGGUUGAAGAACGCAUUAAACGAUCAGGAGCUGCGCCAGGAAGUGCAGCACCUCGUGGUGGUACUGGUCCAGUUAGAGUUGGAGGGAAAGUAGUUGUUCCUCCAGGAGCGAAUUCGGCUGUCCGACGUCCACAAAGUCGAAGUGCUUCAGCAAAACGUGAUGAUUCCCAAAGUCGCACUAGGGAUAAUAGUCCAGAUGAUGAAAGACCAACUCUCAAUGGUACCUUCACCCACGGUGACGAAGGUGGUGAUCGUCUAAGUUCAACUUUUACAUAUUCACGAUCUCGUUAUGCCCUUGAUGAUGAAUAUGUUGAACAAGGUUCUGUGAAUGCACUCAAUACAACACAAGUUCUUGCUGAUAUGGACAGUACCCAACUUCGUCUGCCUACUCGCCAUCCAGCCGCUUCGCAAAUGCCGACCACUCCCUUGAGGAGAAGUGGUUCAUCUUCUUCAAUUUCUUCGAUUGACACGAUGGAUCAGCUGGAGAAAGUAAUUCAAAAUAUUUCUUCCGGACUUAUCGAUGUGGCAAAAGAUGCUCUAGAACAGGUCCAGUUCCUUCUUUCGGUAGAUGAUCAACGUGCAUUGCUUGAAGACCGCAUGGACAUGCUAAUGCAAACAGUCGGUACUCAGCUUAAGCUUGUUAGAAAUCUCCACGGUAUCCAUACACCGAAAGGACAAGAAUUGCUCAAGCUUAUCUUGAACUUCCUUACUCCUCUUACCUCAUCCGUGGAUAAGUUCGCUCGAAUGAAUGUCGGCGAGGAUGCGACAAACGGAAUGCUUUGGGAACUUGUACAUACAUUACUUAAAACGCAGUCUGACCCGCUAUGUUCUUCGAUGCCCGACUCAGUUCAUUUUGGUCGGUCUCUGAAUGCUCUGGUGAUUCGCCUGUGCAUCCGUGUUGAACGUACAACAUUCUUUGCUGCUUGUACGCGGUGCUUAAUGACCAGCCUGCUGGAGGAUCCUGAAAGCGAAGCAGCACAGUUAUUCACAAAGUGCCUUUACAAGUGGGCAGAUACAAUGUCGAAGCAUAAAACCGUUAUUGAUAUAGAUCUAUAUUUGAAGUCUGCUAACCGUUUCUACGAUCAAAUCCAUCCGAAGACAGAAUCACAUCACUCAUACCGAGAUGGAAUUCGUACUGUGGAGAUGUGCUCUGAGCAAGCGAUGAUUGUCAUGGGACCUACGCUUCUGGAGAAAUUGAAGCGGUUUCCUCGGCCAAAUGUCCAUUUUCUUCAGCAUAUGCAAGCUUGUUGCAAUGAGUGUCAAAAAAUAAACCCAGCCGGUUGGGGAGUUUCGCUGCCUGGAACGACAGCAUCAAGGGUAACCGACAACGGGACAAAAGUGGGCAUAAGCGGAGGUCCUGUCGUGCGGAACCUUUUGGACGAAAAGAAGUUAGAUGUUAUUAUCUCAAGCAUUCUGAUUGCUGUUCAAGCUUCACUCGUGAAGAAAGUGAAAUAA